GGUAGGCUACUUCACACUCCUGAUGUGAUUGAACUCUACCGGUCACAUCUUUCCACUAGAAGCCGUGAACUUCCUUUCGAAGAUAAUCACUAAUCGAGCCAAAGUUGUUGAAACAUUGAACUCACCUUCUGAUGAAAAUAAUGAAUGGUCUCAUAUGAAUCCAGCUAUGUCUUACGAUGAGAAACAGAAUGUUCCAAAACAUGCUGCUCGUAGUUCUUUGUAUAAAGUAAAUGAAAAUAAGAAUACUUCUGGAAUUCCAUUUACAAAUGACAAUAACAGACGAGUUGACAAUACUCAUAUUCCAUAUGAACCACCAACAUAUUGUCGAGCACAUAUAACAUCUGAAAAUAUGGAUAUGGAAUGUCAAUAUAAAGAGGGUCAUUUAGACAGGAAUUAUAUACACACCAGUUGGAAUUGUUUUGUCAAUACUUCACAAAUUCAAUACCUGCCCAUACCGGAAGCAAAAAUGGAACAAAUAUCUGAAAAAGCUCAUCAAAAAAUACAUCGUGGUCUACGUGAAGCAUGUUUAGCUAUAGGGAUUGUAUUUUCAACAAUAUGUUUAUUUUGUAUUGAAUUAUUACGUAUGAUCACAUUAACUUUAUUUAAACCAUUUUUACAAUAUUUACGUUUUUUAUUACAUAUUAUUAUUAAUUGUUUUUGUGAUAUCAAUUAUAUAUGUAGUGCACAUUGGGAAAGGUUUAUUUAUCCAAUCAUUAGUUCAUGGGCUACAUAUUCACAAGAUGUAAUUGUUCCUGUAAUACGUGAAUUUCGUCCAAUUCAAAUUAAUAUACAAUCAAAACCAAUAGCAAAUCAUACAAUACAACAAUAUCGAGCCAAAGUUGUUGAAACAUUGAACUCACCUUCUGAUGAAAAUAAUGAAUGGUCUCAUAUGAAUCCAGCUAUGUCUUACGAUGAGAAACAGAAUGUUCCAAAACAUGCUGCUCGUAGUUCUUUGUAUAAAGUAAAUGAAAAUAAGAAUACUUCUGGAAUUCCAUUUACAAAUGACAAUAACAGACGAGUUGACAAUACUCAUAUUCCAUAUGAACCACCAACAUAUUGUCGAGCACAUAUAACAUCUGAAAAUAUGGAUAUGGAAUGUCAAUAUAAAGAGGGUCAUUUAGACAGGAAUUAUAUACACACCAGUUGGAAUUGUUUUGUCAAUACUUCACAAAUUCAAUACCUGCCCAUACCGGAAGCAAAAAUGGAACAAAUAUCUGAAAAAGCUCAUCAAAAAAUACAUCGUGGUCUACGUGAAGCAUGUUUAGCUAUAGGGAUUGUAUUUUCAACAAUAUGUUUAUUUUGUAUUGAAUUAUUACGUAUGAUCACAUUAACUUUAUUUAAACCAUUUUUACAAUAUUUACGUUUUUUAUUACAUAUUAUUAUUAAUUGUUUUUGUGAUAUCAAUUAUAUAUGUAGUGCACAUUGGGAAAGGUUUAUUUAUCCAAUCAUUAGUUCAUGGGCUACAUAUUCACAAGAUGUAAUUGUUCCUGUAAUACGUGAAUUUCGUCCAAUUCAAAUUAAUAUACAAUCAAAACCAAUAGCAAAUCAUACAAUACAACAAUGUUAA